AUGCACCGGAAUCAGGUUGGGCUUCAAGUCCCGGCUCCCGGCAAAGAGCUGCUCGCCCUUCCAGACACGGCAUACCACCUAUUUGCGGGGAAAGAUGUCACGAGAGCUUUCGCUCUGAUGAGUUUUAAACCUGAAGACAUCGAAAAUUCGAGGAGUACUGAGGGGUUUGAAGAUGCUAACUGGCAGGCACUACAGGAAUGGGUUGACAAGUAUGAGAGGUACGACAAAGUGGGAGUACUCCUUUAUCCUGACGAAAGAAGCUCGGAAGGGUCACUUGACCGAAUCGCCGGAGUUUCCACAGAAACCCAAUGUGACGUAGAUGCAGAAGACUCAGCAGAAACGAUUGGGACGGCUCAACCAGUGCUCUCCGGUACUGUUCGGAAAACGUUGAAAAUCCAUAGGCGGAAAGUGGGGCACGUUGAGACCUCGGCGGCUGAGAACGCGCGGAGAGCCUUGCAAGAGACAGGUAUUUCGGAGGGAGGGAUGCUGCGGCCAGGUAGCGAAGCUAAGGACUCUGGGAAUGAGUGA